CACAGAGAGCGAGAGACAGACAGACUGGGAGAGAAACUACUCAUUGAUAGGAAGUAGUGGGUCUGUGUUCUGGCCGGUGGAGUGUGUGUGUGUGUGUGUGUGUGUGUGUAUGAUGUAGUGACAGCCUUUAGCAUUAGCAGUCUUGUGUGAGGUCUGAACGAAGCGGUCACAUGUUAAACGGGGCAGUAAUGAACACACAUAGGUACAAUGACCUCAUCUGGACCCGCUGCAGGGGGUUUGUGCCUCUCUCUCUCUCUCAUAGAUGUGUCAGACACAAGCCGCUCUCCGCUGGUUGACAGAAUGCUGUUCGCUCCAGAGCAGCAGGACUCUACGGCUGCUGUGCCCGGCGUUGAUGAGCUCAGUCUGGGCCUGCUGUUUCUCAGCCUCCCGUGCUGGAACCGCCCGGAACCCCAGCGUCUGACCCGGCCCUACCCCGAGACACCCAUGCUGAAUCUCUUAGGCGCUACACAAGGCGCAGAUUCCGGUCGGCAGCAGGACUUCCAAACUCAUGAGUCGGCAGGUGUGAGCGACCCGCUGGAGAGGUUCUGCGCUCUGAGUCACAUGACCAACAUGUUGGAACCUCGCUCUCUGUUGCGUUCUGGAUCCAGCAGCCCCGUCAACUCUGAGACCAGCGGAAUCUCAUCGGGAUCCGAUCACCUGGUUUCCCUUAGAGUUUCUUCUCCACAGACCUCACGACUGCCCAGACUGCAGGGUGAGGGUCUGAAAUUGGGCGUAGAUGCCCGUCUGGAGCAGAACUCGCUGCCCACCCCCACCACUCGGGCUGAAGGGUCAGUGACUGGAUGCUGGUCUACAGGUUCUGUCUGGCCCGGCUGGGACACUUUGAGUUUGAACAAACCUGCGUUCUGCAUCGAGAGAGAAGCUAAACUACACAAACAAGCUGCAGCGCUGAAUGAAGCCACAUACAUCUGGGAAGGUCAUCUUCCGCUUCAACACUACAAAAAUCCCGUUUACUCCUGUAAGGUGUUUUUGGGAGGUGUACCGUGGGACAUCACAGAGGCGAGUCUGUUGAGCACAUUUAGCGUGUUUGGUCCAUUGAAAGUGGAGUGGCCCGGUAAAGAGAGCAAACAUCCACGCUGCCCUCCACAAGGUUACGUGUAUCUGGUGUUUGAAUGGGAGAAGUCCGUGAAGGCACUUCUGCAGGCCUGUACUCCUCACCGUCUGCACUCGGACGAUUAUCUCGAGUUUUACUACAAACUGUCCAGCAGGAGAAUCCAAAGCAAAGACGUGCAGGUCAUCCCGUGGGUGAUCUCAGACAGCAAUUUCGUCUGCUGUCCCUCCCAACGCCUCUGCCGCAAUAAGACCGUGUUCGUGGGCGCUCUGCACGGCAUGUUGAACGCUGAAGCUUUAGCUCACAUCAUGGAAGAGCUCUUCGGAGGGGUCAUGUACGCAGGCAUCGACACAGACAAGCACAAAUAUCCCAUAGGUUCUGGAAGAGUGACCUUCAGGAGCCAAAAGAGCUACUUGAAAGCUGUGACCGCUGCGUUUGUGCAGAUAAAAACCUGCAAGUUUACAAAGAAGGUCCAGAUCGACCCGUAUCUGGAUGACUCUGUGUGCCAAAUAUGCAACAGUCAGCCUGGACCGUUCUUCUGUAGAGCUCAGGCCUGUUUUAAAUACUACUGUCGCUCGUGCUGGCAUUGGAGACACUCUCUGGACGUGCUGAGGAACCAUCAGCCUCUUAUGCGAAACCAGAAGGCUCUGAAUCCUAACUAAACCCACAGAACAUCCAUAAAAUACUGUUUCAUUAGGAAGCGAAAGCAAAGAGCCCACAGCACAGAAAGCCUGGAAUUAGUUCACCGCUUUGAGAAGAGAUUGUAGUGGCUGAGAAAACAAGGACGUGGUUCCCUAGAGGAAGUUCUUGCGUUGUUGCACUUGCAUGAGUUCUUGUUCAUUAUGGCUCUAUGCAUCGACGGGGUUCAUGGAUGGCGACUCAUUUUGCACAGUUAACCAGACAGCCAUCGCCAUGGAGAUGACCCCGGGGUUGUGAAGGUGGCCGGAGAGUUUGCCACCUUAUUUUAAGAGUUGCGUUUUAGAUUUCGCAUGCAUAGAAUAUUAGUUUAAAAUCGUGCAGGUCUGACCCUUUGAUGCAGGCAAAUGCCAGUUUGUGCCUUUGGCUUUUCAUUUGUUAUUAGUUUUCCAUCAUUUAAUUACAUUUAUUUAUAUUUGUUUGUAUUUUUUACAUUUUUUAAGUAGUUUUACUCGCUUUCUACUUGCAUGUUUGGUUCACACCAUGGAAAUAUGAACCAAUUGAUUUAUUUAAAUUUUUGCUGCUCCAAGUGUCUCUCCAAGUGCCAUUUUUAACAGUACUAUAUGGUUGAUGAGCAUCUUGACAAGAUCACGUCACAGCUGGCCGAUGCUGUUGCUUAGCAACCACCCAUCAUCUUUCAGCCAUUAGAUCAGAUACGAGUAGAAUUUACUUUGGCCGCUGAGAUUGUGCUGUACAUAGUUUUAAUCAAAUUGUUGUACUUUAAAAACGUAGCGCUGGGGAAAUGUUUGCCGGUGGUUUUAACAUUUAUUUUGAGAGGAAUGAGGAUAAAUCCUCACAGUUACAUUGACUUGUGUGUUUCUGUUAAACAAAAAAACUAGAGUCUCUUAAUCUCGGUUGAGUAAAUCUGUUCUGCUGCUCUAGUUCUUCGCUGUGCCAAAGAGCCUCGUCAUUUUCUUGUUGCCUUUUGCAGCUGCUUUUUAGAAUUUAAAAGUCUCUACCUCAUUCCUCUGCAAGUGUUGCCAUGGUUAUUUACAAACGUAGAUGUUCCGAUUGGACAAAAUAAAGUUGCU